CCAACUGUCCUGCAGGUGGACUACUUCUUCCGGGGUGUGGAGCAUGCCGUGCGGGUGGUGGUUUCAGGGCAGGUGCUGGAGCUCGAGGUGGAGGACCGGAUGACGGCUGACCAGUGGCGUGGAGAGUUUGAUGCCAACUUCAUUGAAGAUUUGACUCACAAGACCGGGAACUUCAAGCAGUUCAGCAUCUUCUGUAACAUGCUAGAGUCCGCCCUCACCCAGAGCAGUGAGUCUGUCACCCUGGACCUGCUCACCUAUACAGACCUGGAGUCCCUGCGGAGCCGCAAGCUGGGGGGCCGCCCCGGCUCCUUGGCCCCCAGGUCGGCACAGCUCAACUCCAAGCGCUACCUCAUCCUCAUCUAUUCCGUGGAGUUUGACAG